CUAUGAUGACAACCAUGAUGACAGCCAAACGAUUACUAUAUAACCUCAAAUAUACAGCAAAUCAAUUUAAGUUACUCAGUACAUUAAAAAAUAAAUUAGGAAUGGGUCAGUGGGAACAAGAAAAGCAAAAAUUCUUGGCAAUGCCCAUCGAGGAAAAAAGAAAGUUAUAUAAAUCAAAAGGAUCGUUUGUAACUAUUUCCGACAUACCGACUUGGAAAGAGUACGCUGCCAAAACAACUCUACCAAAAAAGGCAGAAAUUCUACCCUCCCAAAAAAUAGAUUCGUCAAAAAAUCAGUCCUUAGUAGACUUGGUGUCUAUAUAUAGAGGCGACAUUACGACUUUAGAAGUUGAUGCUAUUGUAAAUGCAGCAAAUAGCUCUUUGCUGGGUGGAGGUGGUGUUGAUGGUGCCAUACAUAGGGCUGCUGGACCUCUUCUAGUAGAAGAAUGUAAAACUUUAGGUGGCUGCCCUACUGGAGAAGCAAGAAUCACUGGGGGUUAUUUGUUACCGGCUAAAUACGUUAUACACACUGUAGGCCCUCAAGGAGAGAAGCCAGAUCUGCUUGCUAAAUGCUACAGAAAUAGUUUGAACUUGAUGAAAGAAAAUAAUCUGAAGACUAUUGCUUUUUCAUGUAUUUCAACAGGGGUUUAUGGAUAUCCACAAGAACCAGCAUCUAAAGUCGCAACUUAUGAAGUAAGG